AUGGUCUCCUUACGCACCCCUUGUUGUCGUUUGCCCCUCGAGGUAGAGACGAUGAUUUUGAGCAAUAUGACGUCAGGAGAGCUCGUUUGCCAGCGUCUGGAUACUGUAAAUAAACGUUUCCGCGACAUGGUGAGGCGUAUUUUGGCGCAUCGGACAGUUUUCGACACUACUCUACCUGGAAAUUCACGACUGUGCUACGAUACCGAUGCCCCGUCUGGAUCCUCGGAUUUAAGGCGGCUGGCUUUGGCCCAAUUUCCGUACACUACGCAUUUGCAUGCGGAUCUGGGAUCGUUGAGGAUUUUACAACACCACGCUCACGGCUGUCUCUCCUCUCUGCAGUCAAUUUCCGUUGACAUCCACGGCGACGGCGAGCUCGAGCAGUUCACCAAAUUCUCGCCCAUCCUCGAGCCGUUCGACGAGCUCGUCAACGAGUGCAUCCCCGCCUCUCGCUUGGUCCACAUCUCCCUCACCAUCCACCUCGACUCCAAGAAGUCCGCCUCGCUCUGUCAGGUCCGCGAACUGGCCCGGUGUCUCCAUCAACGGGCUACGGAUUAUGCAUGUUGGGAAGUAACGUUCCGCGACACUACAAAGAAUGGCCAGAAGUGGUACUCCCCAGUCGAGCUUUGUGGAAGGAGCGACGAAGCGGCCGUCAUCUACCUGCGCGCCUUCGAGCAGCUCGGGAUUAGGAUUACACGGCUUCACGUCAUCGACGCGCUGAAAGGCACAAAAAAUCAGGAUGGCAGCCCGAGGACGCUGUAUAUGUGGAACGAGUAUAAGCGCUGCCAGGAGCUGUCCAUGGACUGUGACAUCGGCCUGCUGGGCAUGAAUUAUCGCCAGGGGCCCCAGCUGGAUCCGAUUUUGAAGACCGUCCACCUCGAGCAGUGCAACGUCGCCUACAUUGCCGAGUUCAUCGACUAUCUGGCCGAGGAUACCGCCCUGGAACGCAUGCGGGUCGUCGCCCCAGCCAAUCUCGCUACCCAGCUACCGUACUCCAAGCUACCCGGAUGUCCCAUCAUUCCGAAUCUGGCCACAUUCCGCGCGGAAAGCUGGUCAAAGCUCCUUCAGCUCGUCCCGCACCUCGAGUUCAGCCUCCAGAACGGCGUGCCCAAGCCGAAAGCGGCUUCGUGUGCCGAGUACGAGAUCGUACCCUCAAACCCGCUCCAGUUUUGUCAAUAU